UCACGCGGCGGAAGUGGAAUCGAGCUCCGAGCGCCACUUCCUACUCACCGGCCAACUCGUUCCGCUCAUUCAUCGGCGACCUUUUCGACGCGUCUUCUCCGUUCCUUCUUCUACGUGUCCUCCUCCUCCCCUGUUUCCCUCUUGCGGGGUUUAUGAUCGCUGGACCGCUCCGCAGCCUGUGUAACAAAGCCCCGAGGAUUUUGUUCGCCAUGAAUCCGCAGGUUGUGUUCGUCCUGGGCGGCCCCGGAGCCGGAAAGGGAACUCAGUGCGCCAAAAUCGUGGAGAAUUACAGCUACACCCAUCUGUCCGCUGGAGACCUGCUGAGAGAGGAGCGCAGCCGGACAGAGUCCGAGUAUGGAGUGCUCAUCGACAGCUACAUUAAAGAAGGAAAGAUCGUCCCUGUGGAGAUCACCAUCAGCUUACUGAAGAAGGCGAUGGAGCGAACCAUGAAGAAAGACAAAGACAAGUUCCGCUUCCUUAUCGACGGCUUUCCCCGGAACGAGGACAACCUGCAGGGCUGGGCGAGGGUCAUGGACGGCAAAGCGGACGUCAAAUUUGUGCUGUUUUUCGACUGCAGUAAUGAAGUUUGUAUUAACAGGUGUCUAGAACGAGGGAAGAGCAGCGGCAGGACGGAUGACAACAAAGAGAGCUUGGAGAAAAGGAUCCAGACGUACCUGCAGUCCACGCGGCCAAUCAUUGAGCAGUACGAGAAGCAUGGUAAAGUGCACACUAUCGACGCCUCACGGGCUGUCAAUGAGGUCUUCGCCGAUGUAAAGUCAGUCUUUGACAGAGAGGGUUGAACCUGCUGACUCCGCCCUAAACCGAGUCCAGCGAUGCUACGCCUCAUUUAUUCACACGUGUAUCUUUUUAUUCAUUUAACUGUAUUUUUUUUUUUUUUUUUAGUGAAUGUGUGUGUGUGUGUGUGUGUGUGGGGGGGGGGGGGUUCAUUUCAACUUCAUAAUGCCCAAGAUGAACAAUAUUCCUGUAGAACAAUGAUAAAGGUAGAGCAACCAAGUCCAAUACGAGGACAUUUUCCAUAGGAAUGGUAUAUAGUACUUAUAGUACUCUUAGUACUCUUAGUUUGAUAAGGUUUGGCGUUUUAUUUGUGGCCAUAUGGAUAUGAACGUGUCAUAUCGAUAUUAUUUUGUUAUUAUUAUUGUUAUACAUUAUCUUAUGUACCAGGGGAAAACGGCCUCAGCAGCGAUCACAGGGGGUCAAGAACCUGUAGCACAUCUAUGGCUAAAUUAUAUCCUUUAUAAAAAAAAAUUUAAAAUGGUUCUUAUAUGAAAUUUUAAGCGGCGCUGCAUUACAUGGACACAUGAUUGUGUGUAUUGUGUGUAUUGUGAUCUCGCCAACACGGUAUAUUAAACAGAAUAUACUGAAAACCCGUCAAUCAACCAAAGUGUUUAGUUUAAAUACAGUGUCCGGAGCAUGUGAUUGGUCAGAGGGGUCACGUGACACAAUUCUACUUUAACUCAUUUACGCAGUCAGUCUUCGGUCAUAUUACUACUUACACGACGGGCCUGGUGGUAGCUGGAAUGUUUAAUUUUAAUAUUCUUUUGAUUCUAAUCACAAAAUCAUCCAGUGUAAAAAAAACAAUAAUAAAAGAAUAAAGAUCUCCUACUUCAGGAA